CACUUGUGCAUCAAGGCCUUUUAACAGAUUAAAACAGGACUAAAAGGAAUAUCUUCGAACAUACAUCAGGAACAAAACUGUUGGACGUUCAUGUCGGUCGAGGAUUUGUUGUUUUGGUCGCUGUCCGAGCAGCAGGUUUGUCCCGUCUAAAUGUGAGCUGAAGCUGUAACUCCUUCUGACAUGUUAUCAUCUCAGAGACACCACCUGUCACUCCUGCUCCUCACUGUCCUGCUGCUCGGUGGCUGGACAGCAGACGGGGCUCAGAAUGGGACAGAGACAGAGACCAUGUCCUCCGUGCGGCUUGCCAGCAUCCCCUCGAGCAGAAACAUUGUGGCGAAGGAAGGAUCCAGCACACUGAUUGAGUGUAAUGUGACCGGAAGCCACGAUGACAUUAAGUGGUACAACUCUAAGGGACCUCUGCUGGGUGAGAAGUGGCAGAUUCAGGAGGAGGGCACCCUGAACAUCACUAUGGUCUCCUUCGAGGACCGUGGCAGCUACACCUGCGUCGCCUCCGGUGGCAGCGGUGGGAACAAAAACUACACCGUCACUCUUCGUGUAGCUCACACCGACAGUGGCUUGGGCCUUUACUACGUCAUCGUCUGCUUGGUGGCCUUCACCAUCACCAUGAUCCUCAACGUGGCGCGGCUUUGCAUGGUCAGCAGCCACCUCAAGAAGACCGAGAGAGCCAUCAAUGAGUUCUUCCGCACCGAGGGCGCAGAGAAGCUGCAGAAGGCGUUUGAGGUCGCCAAGCGCAUUCCAAUCGUCACGUCGGCCAAGACGGUGGAGCUCGCCAAGGUCACGCAGUACAAGACCAUGGAGUUUGCUCGUCACAUGGAGGAUCUGGCUCGGAGCGUCCCCCUGCCACCGCUCAUUUUAAACUGCCGCACAUUCGUUGAGGAGGUCGUGGAGACAGGGAAGCCGAGGUCUCACGCUGCAGAGCAGGCUGGGACAUCAGUGUCUCUGAACAGACCAGCCAUAGGCCCUCCCUCCGCUGACAAAAGUGGAGAGAAGGAGGAGGGGGAGGAGGUGCGUCAGGCUCUGCUGUCAAGUGGUAGGAACGAUGGAGGCGGUGCUGAUGUCAAAGUUUCAGUCCAUACAGUUUCUGAGAAGGUGGAUAGUGAGGAUACAGAGGCUGAGAUGUGCCUCAAUGUGCCGGGCUCACGGACAAGUGUGUCCUAUGAGAGCAAAGUGUAGUCUCAGUCUGACACCCAGCAGAAGAAGCACAUCGUCUGAAGUGUGAGGCGUCUAAUUGCAAGUGCUUCAAAGAGAUUAAAAAACAUAAAAAAAUUGUGGGGUUGGUUAUCAUUCAGAUUGUAGCCAUUGUGUUUCUGCCUAUUGAUUCUUAUUCUUAUCAAAUCCUGGGUCCAAAUCUUUGAGUACAAAUUGGAUUCUGGCUGUUUUCCAACUGUUUUUCCUUGAGAUGUUCAUCCUAGUUUCAGAUGAUCUUGGACAUUUUGGGCCCUAUCUUACACCUGGUGUAAAGCGUUGCACAAUGCAGCGCAACAGCCAUUGCUAGUUUUAGACUGAUGCAGUUGUCAUUUUCAAGGCCAGCGCCCACAAGUGGUGAAUGUACUUGUGCAUCUGUGUGCCCACAGGUGAGUAGGUUGUUAAUGCAUUGCUAUUUUGAAGCAGUAGAAAGCGAUGAUGCCACUGACCAACAGAAACCUGCUCUAAAGUCAGAUUAGGCUGAGUAUUUUGCUGCAAUUUUAAAGGUGAAUUAUUCAGAUAGUAGGAUACACCUACAAAGGUACACUCUGCUUGUUAGACACACAGGGUCGCAUGGAAGGGUUGCAUCAUUAAUACCAGCAUCAUUAAUGAGGAAAAUAUUUGUAACAUUUUCCAAAAUUUGAACAAAGCAGAGACCAGAGCAGAGCCGCAGAGCUGCUGUUCUGCACAAGACUCCUCAUUAAAGAGAGUGGCUGUGCAAAUGUAUGCAUGAGGAGCUGCAGAACCUUAUUGAUUAUUCAGCUAAAAGUUUAGCACUGUUUUAUAUUUCAAGUUUAUAACUAUAGUUUUUAGUUUUGCGGCUUAAAUGUCCCUCGGUAUUUGCUGUAGUGACAUUACUGCUCUUACUGCAUAACUGUCAACAGAAAACUGCUUGCUUCUCUAAUUUGCCGAAACCGCCAUGUAAAAAGGUGCACCUGUGUUUUUAAGAGAAAGGCAGAUGACACUCUGGUUAUAUUCACUUUAUACCCCAAACUAAGAUUACGAAGAACCUAAGAUUAAUUAAAGGACUAAAUACAGCCGUUUUGCCCCUUGCGUCUUACUUUGCACCCAGAUUAUGUGUUGUUUAACUGGUGAAGUGUAGCUGAAUACAACCUAAAGGCACUUGUGCCAUGCACUUUAGACCAUGUGUUUGAAUAGGGCCCUAUGACUACAUCUGUGGCAAUCAAAAUACUGGAUCUGCUGAGUCAUGUUCUUUCUCCUUCUGGCAUGAUUGUAUCUCCAUGCAGUGAUUACAUUUUACUAGACUUUCAUCAAAUUUACAGUACCCUCACUUUUAAGCUAUUGCUCCCAUUUGCCACAUUAUAAACACUAUACACAUGUGCCGACGUGUGCUUAACUGGUGAUGUUGAAGGAUGUGCUCUCAGGAAUCAAAAAGCCAUUUGGCAACAAAUCCUCAAUGAUUAUAAAAUUGCAAAAAUACAACACAAAGCUCAGAGAUCUAUUUUCUCUUCUCUUAGAUAUACUUUUUUUUUAAAUAUAUUUUUAUUUGUUUUUUACAUAUUACAACAAACGAACAAACAAAAACAUGAACAGGGCAGCUAAGACAUUUCACAAUAGGACAUAAUACUAGGAAACAAAAGUUUCAUGUGACAAGUUAUGCGUCAUACACAUUUUACAGGUGGACAGAGAGAGUAUACAGAAAUAAAUAAGUAAAUAAAAUGAACUAGUAAGUUAAUUGGUUAGGUAUCCCUCAAUUACAGUUGCAGGCAAGGCAGUCCCGUUAUGACUAUGUUCAAGAUAAGAUGCAGUCAUUGAUUGUGUCCCACCUGCAGAAAACUAAAGAAAGUGAGGCCUGUGAAGACAUAUUUUUGCUGUAACUGAGUGAAAGAUAUCAAGGCAGAGCCGUUAAAUAAAUCUCCUAAUGUUGUUAUGCCACCAUCUCGCCAUAGCCUAAACACAGGGUCCUCAACACCUGGGGGGAAAUCAGGGUUCCCUUGACUUAAGGUGCGGGGUGAUGUUAACUUGGUUCAACCCUCCAUAGAUCUUGCAAAUUUCCAUGCCCUUAGCGUGUUUAGGACGAUUGGGUUUGUACACAGUUUUUUUGCUAAGGCAGUAUCUAUGAGAAAUAACAGAUUUUGGAGUGGACAACUACAUUGGGCAGCUUCUAUAUCUAGCCAUGUAGAAGACUGAUCUUCCUUCAGCCAUUCGGCCACGAACCUUAAGUGUGCAGCCACCUGAUACCACCUUACAUUUGGAAGAUCUAAACCUCCAGCAGCCUUUGGUAACUGUAAUUUUGCUAACUUCAAAUGGGGCCUUCUUUUAUUCCAAAUAAAUGAACUCAGCCAACCUUCAAGGAUCUUAACCACCUUAUUUGAAAGAAUAAUGGGCACCAUUUGGAGUGGAUACAAAAGCCUUGGUAAGGCAUUCAUUUUGAUGAGUGCAACCCUACCAAGCUACGACAGCGGGAGGGACGCCCAGCGGUCAAGCUCACAUUUUAUAGUGUCUAAGAGAGGUGUAAAAUUAGCACUAUACAUCUGAUCAAAUGUCUUAGAUAUACUUUAAUUUUCAUGUUUGUGUGGUGGGAUCCCCUUAACUUCCCAUUCUGUGGGUGUCUCUGAACACAGUUAGUGUAGCAACAGGUAGACAAGAGCUCAUUUCCCUCCCACAGAAGACGCCCUUUGCUGCCAUUGGCAUUGACAGUCAGUCAGCUUGCACAGAACAAAAUGUAAUGAAAUAUCCUAAUUUCAUUGUGUCGAUUGUUUGCAUGUCAAUGCGUCCUGUCAGUCAUCUGACACACAGCGAGAAUUCAACAACAAAAAAUGCGUCAAAAACAUGUCACUUCACAGACUUGAUUGCCAUCUCCGUAUCUCUAUAUUUGGGUCUUUGUUAGUCUGGAGAGCAGUUUAAUUACAGGUUUGGUUUUGCUUCAGAGUGAAUAUUUCAAUGACAGAAGUAAACAUAUUUUUUAAACCCCCCAAAAGCAAGAUGUUUGAGGGAAUUUUCAAAAAUGUACAGUAAACACCAAGCUUCCAUCUACUUAUACCUUUCAGAGGCAGCACUGAAAUAUAAACAUGAUUAUUUUUACAUUAGAGUUUCAAAACAUGUCUGCUGUGAUGGAAAAUGUCUGAAAUUAUGCUCAUAAAUAUGCAGGUGUAAUCUAUCAUAUUUUGAUGUGUGCAUGCCUGGAAAAGUCAGGGACCAUCAUUUUUUAUGAUGAAGGUGAUGCAGCAUUUUCUCUCUGUAUUUACUGCGGCAUUUGUGAAUCGGAACGUAAAUAGCGGCUCAUUUGAAGUUUGUAAUUUAUUGUUUUGUGUAUAGAUUUACAUAAACACACAGAAUGUCCAUACUGGGUAAGGUGCAGCAGUUUCUCCAUAUGAGAUGCCGCAGCAUAAAAAGUUAAAUUAGUUAAGCUUAUUCCAUUAAAAUAUUAAAAUGAAAUGAAAUAUAAAGAUGUUUGUAAAGCUCUUCAAGUAAAGGACAAACCAGUCAUUCUCAAAAUCAUAUGACAAUUUGUAUCUGUUGUUACAGGAGUUUUUAGAAAAAAACUUCUUUACUGUGUCUCAGAGGGAUAUAUAAGAAAAUGUGUCAUGUGUACGGUGUGUAAACUAUGAAUCAGCUGUGACAACUAUGCUUGAACAAAACGUUUUUGAGUAACUACUGUUUGUACUUUGGUGUAUCGUUCUGUUUCAUCACUCUGUGAUAAUGGUGUCAUAUUCAAAGGUGUUUAGAUAUUCAAAAGUGAUACUGAAAAGGUCAUUCUCAGGGACCAAUAGCAAAAGUUUACAUCCUGUAAUUGACAAUAAUUGAAUAAAUACAAUGAAAAACAUGCA